AUGGACUUGAACUACAAUUCCAGUGAGGGUCUGAUUCUCCACAUGGACACAUCCUACGGGGGCUCGCGGCCGCGGCCUCCUUAUUCUGGUGAUGGCGGGUCGGAUUUCGGGUCGAAAACGAGUGUUUCCGUUCUUCCUAGUUUACCGGAUACAAGCCGGAAUGAUGACGAUUCCGAUGCCGACGACACUCAGAACGUCUCCGUGGCCUCUAAUAACUUUGUGGAGUUCGACAUGAGUGGUUUGGACGAGGAAAAUAGGUACCACCGGCGAGCUCGGUCACCGCAGACCCUUCAAAGAACAUUCGAACCGACCAAGAUUGAGCCAGAAGAACCCCCGAUAGCCACCCACAACGACGAAUUGGAGAAUGAAGAAGAAACCACGGCUCCGGGAACCCAAUCUGAGGACUUUUUCUCGUCCACUGGAUGGAAGCAAAUGAAGACGGUUACAGAUAUCGACUACUACGACGAACGUGGUGAGCUUGAGUUUCAGGCUCUAGACAAGUUCAAUCAGUUUAAUCCAGGAGCAGGUUCUCGUGGAUACACUAAGAUUGACACCGAAGAGCAGGUGGCUAAAUAUGCUGAGCUCGACAAGAAGACGGACUUUUUAUUUCGGCCUCUGGAGCACGAGGAUCCCCAAAAGGUUGCCUCGUACCGCAAAGAAGACAUCGACUCGGAUUUGGAGUACGACGCGGAGGAUAUGGUGGACUCUGGGGACCAGUUGCGUGCUACCAAAGACAUGCUUUCUGACUCGCAAAGAUUCGCAUAUUUGGGCAUCGCCAAACUUAUUAUGGUGGAUAUGGCAACCGAGUUGGCUCAGAUCAAGCAAACGGCAUCAAACAGCAUUGGCAAGGAGUUGAGUAAUGGCCAGAAAAACUUCUCCAAUUGGACUCUUUACAUCAGCGGAAAGCUUUAUGAGCAUAUUGAGCUUUCUCAACAGGAGAGGAAAAUGAUAGAAAAUUUAGCCAUUCAUGGUUUGGAAGUGGAAGAUUUGCUGCGGUCUUUGAUGGAUAAAGAAGUAAGUGGCUCCUCCAAAAUCAAGAUUCCUGGUUUCGAUCUCCGGUGGGCUCUUGUAUGUGAUCUCUUUUUGGUGCUCAUUAGCGAUGGCUACUACGAUAGCAGAUCCCGGUCGCUCAUUAUUCGCUUCGCCAAGUACUUGGAAAUUGAAGAGUUGGAAGUGCUUCAGUUUGAGAGGAGACUCAUAGACAGUCUUGAGAUCGAAACCCAGGGUAAGUCGAUCGAAACCAACGACGAGAAAUUAGCUGAUCGGCAGUUUAUCGAGCGCCAUAUGAAGAAAAAUCGAAAGAAGCGCUUGGCCUAUAUUGGCCUCGCAACUCUCGGAGGGUCGCUUGCUAUUGGUCUUUCUGCUGGUUUACUAGCACCGGUCAUUGGAGCCGGUGUGGCCGCUGGACUCACAACUGUUGGAAUUAGUGGUACCGGUGGAUUCUUGGCAGGGGUAGGAGGUUCGGUAAUUAUUUCAACUGGUGGUGUGAUCACAGGAGCUAGAAUUGGCCACAAGGCUGGUUCUCGUCGACUUGGAGAAGUUCAAACGUUUGAACUCAAGCCAUUGCACAACAACCGGCGUACAAAUCUUAUCAUUACUGUGAGUGGAUGGAUGAACGGUAAGGCGGAUGAUGUUCGUUUGCCGUUUUCUACGGUAGAUCCAGUCAUGGGUGACAUGUUCUCGUUGCUUUGGGAACCAGAAAUGUUGCAGUCUAUGGGACAAACAAUUGGCAUUCUUGCUAGUGAAGCAUUGAGCACUUCUAUCCAGCAAAUUUUGGGAGCCACGAUUCUCACCACGUUGAUGGCUGCAAUUCAACUUCCCAUGGCCAUCUCCAAGCUUUCUUACUUGCUUGAUAAUCCGUGGAAUGUUUCGUUGGAUAGAGCAUGGAAAGGAGGAAAGAUUAUGGCUGAUACGUUGAUUUCUGGGAAUAUGGGAGUUCGUCCUAUAACCUUGGUAGGGUUCUCCUUGGGAGCUCGUCUUAUUUAUUCCUGUCUCAUGGAGUUGGCUAAAAGAGGAGUUUUUGGCUUAAUUGAAAAUGUCAUUAUUCUUGGAAGUCCGAUAGCUGUCAAGGUGGAUCAAAUGGCACUUGCUCGGUCUGUGGUCAGUGGUCGGUUUGUUAACGGGUACUCCAAAAACGACUGGAUUUUGGGGUAUUUGUUCAGAGCAACUUCUGGAGGACUUCUGAGUGUAGCAGGACUUCUGCCCAUUGACAAUGUUUUUGGCGUGGAAAACAUCGACUGUUCCGAGUUGGUUGAUGGCCAUAUGGCGUACAGAACGGCCAUUCCUAAGAUUCUCAAGAAGAUGAACUGGGAGGUUUUGAGUGAAGAGUUUGCUGAAAUUGAAGAACCAGAUCCUGAACAAGGCGAGAGAACGAGGAAGCUUUUGAGUGAGUUUGACGAGGCGAAAGCAAAGAUGGAAGAAGAAAUGAAGCAUAAGGAAGGAAGAGGAGGAACCGGAUGGAGAAGUUGGUUUAAACCUAAAGAGAAAGAUUGGUGGACCGAAGCCGGCGCUGCUGCUACUGCAAAUAAAGAGCAGCCGCAAAACAACACCAAGGAGGAGUACGAGUACGAUGAGAGUACAAACAAGGAACCUCCCGCUCCAGAACCAAUCUUCGAUUUGGGCGCCUUGAUGGAAGAGGUUAACAACAUUGAGUCAAUUUCCGGAGACCCAACCAAGGUAGAACAAGCCCGUAAAGACGUGGAUAGCACGCCAGCACCGGUGAUGAUGAAUGAGGAUAUCGAGAUCGAAGAACAGCGGGAACAGAAGCAAGGGGAGACAUUAACCAAGAUCAAGAACUCGCUAGGAUUCCGUACAUAA